AUGUUUUCCGAGGAACUCAAAGCGUUCCGCAGGCUGGGUAUCCGCCACCUGCUUCUACAAGCACUCAACUUUGCAUCCGUCAUAGCGUCAGGGCUUAUGAUGUGGAAGGGUCUGGGGGUGAUCACGAACACUGAGUCGCCGAUUGUCGUGGUUUUGAGUGGCUCUAUGGAACCUGCGUUCUACCGAGGCGACCUGCUUUUCUUGACGAACCCCUCUGGCGUACGAUUCCAUACUGGUGACAUCACGGUCUACAAGGUCCCGAACGGCGACAUCCCCAUCGUGCACCGCGUGUUGGAAACGCAUGAGAUCGCGCCGAACGCAACCUUCGUACCGCACAAAUACAACAGGGCGUACACGCCAGAAGAUCAACUACUGCUCACCAAAGGCGAUAACAACCCCAUCGACGACACCGGUCUCUAUACCCAGGGCAUGGACUGGCUGGAGCGAAAACACAUCGUUGGGAAGGUUCGCGGGUUCGUGCCGUACGUUGGCUACGCCACAAUUGCCAUGAACGACUUUCCACAACUGAAAUACGGGUUAUUGGGCAUCUUGGGGCUGAUGGCCUUGAUACAACGAGAGUAG